AUGCAUAAAAGAUUGUUGGGCUCAAUAAGUAGACGUGGCAGUGCGAACUCGUCGGAGAAGAGCAUCCCAAACGGCGAUUCGCCGGAAGCAACAGCUGCCCGCGGAGUGCGGCUUUUCUGUGAAUCAGGAGGACCUAACAAUUCCGGAGAAGAAGUGCUCCACCUACCUACGAUUGUCGAAGCAGCCGAGUCCAGUCCCGCCGCCGCAUCCAGAGCUGCAUCUGAAAUACGCAAAUUCCUCUCAUCGAAGAACUUUCAACGCGCUUAUGUACAAUACAAUGCCAUCAUGCUUGUGCGAAUAUUAGCCGACAACCCUGGGAAAUCCUUUACAAAGAAUAUAGACAAACAGUUCGUUGCAACAGUGAAAGAGCUUCUCCGAGAUGGAAGAGAUAUGAGCGUCCAACAGAUUUUGAGGGAGACUUUAGACUCAUUCGAGUCGCAAAAGCCAGAAGAUGAAACACUUCUAGGUCUCAAAGAGAUGUGGAAGAAAGAGAAGACGAAAGUAGAUAAACGGCUGCUUCCAGGUAAUCAUUCAAUGUCUCGAGCCUACCCUCCACCGGCGACGAACCCUCAACAGCAACAAAAUUACUUCGCGAGAAGUCACAGACCGAAAGGUCUCCCGACUCCUGCUGAACUUGCGCAACGCGUCGAAGAAGCAAAAACAUCGGCCAAAUUACUUUCCCAGCUCGUCCAGUCUACACCCCCAGCAGAGGUCCUCGCCAAUGACCUGAUCAAGGAAUUUGCCGACCGAUGCCAGUCAGCUUCGCGCUCGAUGCAGUCUUACAUCAAUUCCGACUCACCUGCACCUGAUGAGGAUACACUUCUUACCUUAAUAGAGACCAACGAUCAGCUCGCGACCGCCAUGUCACGACACCAACGGGCUGUGUUACAGGCAAGACGGCUAACUUCGCUGUCCCCGCAACAAACGCCCCAACAAACACAAGGCCCAUACGAAGCUCCCGGGAACCCACCUAAUGGUACCUAUCCCGCGCCAGCAGGUCCGCCGCCCACCAAGCAGCAGCACCAGGAUCCGUUUGCGGACCCGAGCGAGCAUCAACAACAGAAGGAUGUUGGUGGACUGCAAGAGCCGCUGGUGCCAUCAAAUUAUGGAUUGCCACCAGACGAAGUCGCAGUCCCUGGAGCUACAGGAAGCCAACCUGGCAGACAAGCGCAGCCCCCUCUGCAUCAGCCGCAACCACAGAAGGCUCGUUAUAGAUUCUAG